AUUGAAGAGUAGAAUGUAUAUGUAGUGAGAAUUUUCAUUAAAUCGAGCAAAAAGUAAUGCCUUAGGAUAUGUGUGUAGAAGUAGUUUAAUUAUGUUGAUGAGUAUUUUAAAGAUAUAGCAGUUCGUGUUGGAUUAGGUUACGUUCUGUUGGGUUGGCCUGCGUGCAACCGUAUUUUAAUCACACUGCGCCUUGCUUGGCUCUGCCGAGCUGCCGAGGUACCCAAAGUCCAUAAUUCCCAAACUAGCACAUGGUUCCGAUUUCGGAGGCUCCAUUCUGAAACAAGAGGAGCAUUUUAGCUAAUUAUUAUGAAAUCAGCACAAGAGCUAUGUGCAACAGUACAUUAUCACAUUAUUGCUAACAGAUUUUAAUAUGUUUUUUAAUUGUUUCUGUAGCGUACUAAAAUGUGUAGGCUGUUUCAGUACAGAACAUUUUCUUGUGCAAACAGAUCCAUGAGUAAUUUACCAUUUGUGCCAAAACACAAUCCAGCUCAUGAUGAUGACAUAGAGAGUGUAAGUAAUUUCGUUAACUCUGCAAAUAAAUUAUUAAUUCUCACUGGUGCUGGAAUAUCAACAGAAAGUGGAAUACCUGAUUAUCGUUCAGAAGGUGUUGGCCUAUAUGCUCGUAGUUCUAGAAGACCAGUUCAGUAUCAAGAUUUUUUGAAAAGAGAAGCCAUGCGCAAACGUUAUUGGGCACGCAAUUAUGUUGGAUGGCCCAGAUUUUCUUCAUUCCAGCCUAAUGCUGUACACAUUAUGAUAAAAGACUUGGAGGCACAUGGGAAAGUAUGCUGUGUUGUCACACAGAAUGUUGAUAGACUACAUACUAAAGCAGGAAGUAAACAUGUCAUAGAGCUUCAUGGAUCAGCAUUUAAGGUGAUCUGUGUAGAAUGUAACAACACAAUAGACAGACAUAAUUUUCAAACUAUUCUGGAAGAAAUGAAUCCACACAUGAAGGGGACAAGUUUGAUGAUUCGACCAGAUGGAGAUGUUGAUAUAUCACAGGAUGAAGAACAGCAGUUUCGGGUGCCCAUUUGCAGUCAGUGUGGAGGAAUUCUGAAACCAGAUAUAGUUUUCUUUGGUGAUAAUGUCCCUCAGCAGAGGGUUGAAGCAGUGAAGCACGAAGUGGAAAACUGUGAUUCAUUGCUGGUGCUUGGUUCUUCAUUAACAGUGUUUUCUAGCUACAGAAUCAUACUCCAGGUGUCAGAACAUAAGAAACAAAUAGCCAUUGUUAACAUUGGACCAACAAGAGGUGACAAAUAUGCUCAUAUCAAAGUUGAUGCUAAAUGUGGAGAUAUAAUUCCUAAGUUGCAUGUACAUUAUUUAGAACACUGUCAAGAUUAGUACUAAAUAUAUACAAAUGACAUCUGUGAAAUUAUGAAGACAUCAGUAAUUUCUUUUAAAUAGGAAUUUUAAUUAUUCUUCAGAUUAAAUGUAACUUCAGAAAGGAGAUGAUGUAAGAAACCCAGGUAUAAAUAGUAGGACAGUAUUGAAAAUGAUCCUAGAGAAACAUGGUAUAAAGAUGCGAACUAGAUUGAAAUAGAUCAGAAAUAGUUAAAACUGUUUGGUUUUGGGGUUUUGUGAGUUCUGUGACAAGCCUUGAAGUUCAGAGAUUUAUUGAUUGGUUGAAUUAUUCUCAACUUGUCAAAUUAGAUAUUCUAUAACAUUUGUUAGGGAAUUAGUUACUUAUGCUUGUUAAUAUGGGCAUAUUUUCUCUAUCUGUUUAUAAGCAGAAAG